GCAAUAGAAACAAGAGACAUACCUUUCCUCCAGGACCAUCUUACACUGAAAUAAGUCAAGAAGGAAGAAAGGGCUGUCAAUUUGGUUAAAGCUUGUCUUUUCAUCUUUCCUUCCUAAGCACUCUUUCUCUAUCUCUUUUGGGUCAGGACAGUGUUGGAUCCACCAAUGCAUUCGCGAGUUUGAUAGAAUUCAGUGUUUUAAUUUGAGGCCAAACCUUAUACUAUUAUAUAUGUGUAAAAACUAAGUAUAAAAUAAAAUUAGAUAUCUAAGAAUCCACAACGUCUAAAUUCUUGAUUAGCCGCAAAGGUGUUGGGAAAGAAUGAAUAGGAAAGUAAGAUGAAAAAGUCCAUUGCUUUUCCAAAAAGUUAUUCCAAACAUAGUUGCAAAGAUUAUGUACAUAAUGUUGGACAUAUAAGCCUGUCUUUCUCCACUAAACAGGUUGUAGUGUUGUAAAUUCUUCUUACUUUCUGUUUAAUUUUUUUCUCAAGUUUUAGAAAGGUUAAUGAAAUAAACUCUGAGUUUAUCAAAAAGGGACUAGCAUCUGGAGGACAUUAUUGAAGGCUUAGUAUUAGUCUUGUCUGGUUCUUGAUUUUCUAGACUUUUCAAUCAAUUGUUAUUUGUAUCUAGUAUAUAUUUUACAUCAAGGCAGAAUUUCCUCUAGUUUGGAAGUUUUAAUAGCUAAAGUUUCGUUAGCAGCCAUCGGAACUGGAACCUGAAGUAAUAAUUGUUUGGCCAGAUGAAAAGGAACUAUUAUGACUUGGAUGAUGGAGAAUUUGCAGCAGCAAUGGCAGCUUCUGCAUUUGCUAUAUGCUCCCUUGAAGAAAAUGCUGGCUCUCAAUAUCAGAAAAAAACAAGAGGACCUGUUAUCUGGCCAACAGAAGCAGCUCCAAUGAGAAGGCCAUCGACUUCUAAUCAUAAAGCUUCGACAGAAAUAAUGACCAUAACUCCUACUACUAAUGAUAAAAUGCAAAAUGGGAUUUCAAGAGGAAGCAGAAAGGCAGAAAAUGAAGCUGAUGUUUGGGAGAAAGCUCAGAUAGCCAAAAUAAGAAAGCGACAUGAUGAACUGCUUUCUGCGCUUUUUGCUUGGGAGAAUGAAAAGAAGAUGAUGGCAAAACAACAAAUGGAAAGGAGAAAGAAUCAAUUGGAGCUUGCUAUGAAAAGGAACUUGCAGCAUUACAAGAACAAACUAGCGAGGAUUGAUCAUAUCGCCAAAGGAGCAAGAACACAAGCAGAAGAGAAAAGAAGAUACGAAGAAUCUAUAGUGAAAGAGAAAUCAAACAAGAUGAGAUUAACAGGGAAUGGACCUGUUACAUGCUUCUGCUUCUAAAAAAAAAAAAAAGAGAGAGAGAGAGAACAAGACCUGUAUAUGAAUCCUCUGAAACUCUAUCUACACAAGAAUUGUAGUCACUCAUUGAUUUUAUCGUGAAACCCAUCUUAACAAUUGUUUCCCCAGUGUGCCAUGAUUGGUAAAUACUAGAACUAAAUAGCAUCAGAAACGCAUUAAUUCUGUUGUACUGCAUUUGAUCAUUAGAUGAAACGGAUGUAAUCAAAGAACAACCAAUUCAAGUGUUUUAAGUGAUAGUUGCUGCUAUUAUUCUGCAUUAUAACACUGGUAUAAUCUACCACCGGUUUGACAUGUUUACGCGUUACUGGUUCC